AAAACAUUAUAUAAGAAAAAAAAGGAAAAAAAGACAAAAUUCGUUAUUUUUCAUGAACGCUUGAGAAGAAGCAGAAUCACGAAAAGGUGAUACACUUAAAGUUUCUGGUGUUGCAUGAUCAGAGAUAGCCUUUAAAUGGGAAUUCAAGUGUGCCCAAUGCCCACAUUCGCAUCAUGAAUCUAACUAACCAGAUGAACGAGAUGCAACCUGAGCCCCAAGACCAUCAUCAAAUGGACCCACAUUACAUGGAUGAUCAUGACCAUGGCCUUGAGCAUGCCGAUGAUGUCAUCGAGGAUGACGAUGAUGGUGGUGGUGGUGAUGACACCAUGGAUGGUGAUAUCCCUUCAGACUCUGGCAAUGUUCCUGAUCCCAAUGCCAUAAUUCCUAUGAGGGGUCAAGGAUCAAGUCAGCUUACUCUCUCCUUUCAGGGUGAGGUCUAUGUGUUCGAUUCGGUCUCACCUGAAAAGGUACAAGCAGUGCUUUUACUAUUGGGAGGACGCGAAAUACCUUCUGCUCUUUCCGCCAUGCCACUAUCCAGUCAUCAGCUCAAGGGCAUUAAUGAUCUUCCUCAUCGCUUAAAGCUGCCCCACAGAAUCGCUUCUUUGAUCAGAUUCAGAGAGAAGCGAAAAGAGCGAUGCUUUGAGAAGAAGAUUCGGUACACUGUCCGUAAAGAGGUUGCCCUCAGGAUGCAGCGAAAGAGAGGUCAGUUUGCAGGGAAGGGGAAUCCUGACGAUCCAGAUGCAGCCAAUGCUGGUUGGGACAGUCAGACUUGGCCUCAGGAUGGCAAUGAACCAAAACAUUUUUCAAAAUGUCAACAUUGUGGCAUUAGCCACAGGGCCACUCCUCUGAUGCGCCGUGGGCCUCUUGGUCCCAAGUCUCUUUGCAAUGCAUGUGGGCUCAUGUGGGCCACCAAGGGGACGUUGAAGGAUCUUUCUGGCUCCAAGAGUUCAAAUCCUGUUGUGACUCAGAAUCCUGUCGAUUCAAGUGAGAAGGUUGAAGGUAAUGUGGAAGAAAUGAGGAGCAAUAGCUGAGUUCGAAUACACUCUAUAAGUGAUGACUUAAAAUGUGAUGAAUUUGGUUGUUAGGGUGCACAAUGUGGUCGAUGUUAUCUGCACAUAUAUAGAUAUUUAUGGGUUGAGAUUUGUGUUGAGACUUUGAAAUCUUUUAAACAUAUGAAUACAUGCCCUCGUGAACAAGUGCUCAGAGAGAGCACGCUUUUCAGUUUUGGUGCACCCUUCCUAGUAAAAAUCCAUGCCAUGUUUGAUUUU